AUGGGUGAACCUUCAGAAGACGAGCCGGACUUCCCAUACGCGGACAACGUCCCGUCAAAGGAUGACAAGGUUUUCACCUCCUGGAUCCAUCGCGAUGCAAGCUUCGAGCCAUUCGCUCCCAAGGACGGCCACUUCAGCGCCUGGGAUGACGCACCCAACCCCAAGACCUACGCCUCCUUUGGCGACCAGGGCGUCACGGCGAGCGUUAACGCUUAUGGACAUCUUCUCAUGUUCGGCCGCUACCUCAGCGUCGGCACCUCAGGCAUGUUCAUGACUGACCAGACGAACGUGCCCCAGCCAUGGUACGUCAUGUGGCGGAGCUUAGAAUUGCAAGAUAUCAGCGCCGAGCAGAACGGCAAGAAUAUGAGUUAUGGCCUGCGUUUUGAAGACGCCACCUCUGACAAUGCCACUUCUGACGAUGCCACUUCUGAAGAUGCCACUUCUGACGAUGCCACUUCUGACGAUGCCACUUCUGACGAUGCCACUUCUGACGAUGCCACUUCUGACGAUGCCACUUCUGACGAUGCCACUUCUGACGACGCCGCCGCCUUUGAUGAUCAGCUGCGCUCGAGCUAUGUUCACGAUAGGUGGCCGCGCUACGAAUACACGACCGAGGCUAACAAUCACAUCACGAUCCAAUGGAUCGUCCACCAAGAAGCCGUCCUGCAGCAGGUCGUGAUAACGAACUUUGCGGAUAACAAUACUAAGGUCAAAUUCUCCUUCGGCGACGGAAUGCAUCUUCGGGACAUGGACCAUCACAAUUACCGCCCGUUCGAAGGCCCGGACAAUUCCGCCGACCCCUCCACCUGCGCUGGCCCGAACGGCUAUGGCUGUGUUUACGUGCGUCCUCUUCCUCAGGAUGACGAGGAGGAUGACGAGGAUAAUUACAAGGAAGGGGGCAAGGAGGAUAACGGGGCACCGGUUGACAGCGAGCAGAAGCCCGACUCCGUCACGACCAUCGUGUCCGUCUUUAUUGACGGGGAAGCGAAGACUGGAGUCGGGAAAGACACUUGGAUCCACGAGCUCCGCGGCAAAAAGGCGAUUACAUUAGCCCAGGAAACCCCGCUAUCGGAUACAGUGGAAGUCGUCGUUGCCUACAAGAUGCUCUUCUUGCCAAAGUCAAAGGGCGACUGGUCAGACUUCCUCAUCCCGGCGAGAUCGACGAACGUCAACACACUUCUCCGCAAUGAACCCUUCACCGAGCUCAAUCUCUCCGGAGUUGACAUGUCUCCCCCGAGUCACGACGAUACCACCCAGAAGGCCGUCGCUCCAAAGAGCACCCAGACAGGUGACACCUCGAAGGACCCCAAGAAAGACGCCGCCAAGGCAAAGAAGCUGCAGGAGCCACAAAAUCCGGAGAACCCACUGAACGCGCAGAAGCCGCCAAAUUUGGGGAGGCCGCCAAACCCGCAGGGAAUCCCAGACAAAAGCGCAUCCAGCCACAUCGAGUAUGCGGUCCGCCGCAAUCUGGAGCACAUCUUGUCUGGGUGUGCCGUUCCAUUGAGAAAACCCCUGCUGAAGGGCGCGGAACCCACGGAGAAGUGGCCCGAUGGCAUCGUGCCCGUCGCCUUGACAUGCGGCGACAUGUCAACUCACCGCGUCUGCACUUCGGCUAGCUUCUUUGCAUUUCAAUUUCUAAUUCAGGUUGCUAAGCGGCUGAAUCGUCUGGAGCAGGAUGACUAUGUGAAGUCGCUUCGCCAGAGGAUUGAUGAUGUGUGUCGCGGACAUCUGGCAUGGCUGCGCCGGGUGUGGGAGCUAAAUUACCAACCGAAGAAACAGGCCAACGUCUCUGAGUCCAGGACGUCCAAGACCCGUUGCUUCGUGGCUAACUACUGGGUCACGGGGAGAUCUAUUACCCCAUCCAAUGAAUCUGCCCUCUGGUCUCCGUCCUGGAUGCCGGAGGACUCUUUGACCGACACACCCUACCAGGUCAUCAAAGUGGCUGAGUUUGCGGCCCUCUAUCGGGAGCCAUCAGACCAAGACCUGGCCAAGAAGAUCAUGGUACGCGUCGGCCAGAAAUGGUGCAAAGAGCUAUUUAAGCUGGACAAACGAGGGGAACUCGUCUGGCCGCACGCUCGGGAUGAAGAUAUUACUACAUUCCGGCUGGAUGACCACGUGUUGAUCUGGAAGGCUAUCAAGUCUAUGCAGGAUCUAGACAUAUGGGUCGAGCUACGGAAGGAAAAGAAGAACAAGGAAGAUGAUAGCAAGGAAGAUGGAAGCGAGGACGGCGGUUUCGACGAGUUGGCCAAAAGGUUCACCCGGUCCGACAUCCAGCGUGUCAUUCUCGGGCACUUCACCACCCUUAAUGAUCAUUCCGGGAAAAGAAUGGUGGCAGUCAAGCGAUCGGCUCGGGAAACACGCUUCAUGCUUCACGCACGUGACACUGUCCUCUUCUACGCCAUCGACUGGGGCUUAUCGUUGGAGCAGACGUCGUUUCGUGAGGUGUGGACGAACACGAUCGAGUCGCAGAUCCACCACGACGAAAACCAGGAGGCCCACUGGGAUAACGCCAUCCGCUAUGCCCUAGCUAUCGUGAUGGCCUCGCAGGACAAGACCAUUAACAAGCACACGCCCAGCGAACUGCUCAAGUUGUCUCUCCAAGUGCUAUUCCAGUCGACCAGCCCCAACGCAUUCUUCCCGGGCCAGCUCGAUAAGAAUACCAAGGAGCCCGAACUGUACAGGGAUGAAGAAGACCGAGACUGGUAUUUCCACGCCAGCUUCGAGAUUCCCUUCGUUCUCCUCCUCCAUGCCGGCAAAAUCAACAGCAUCUUUGACGGCCAGCAUCAGAAGCAACCGCAGAAGAAUCCCGUGCCCGACAUCGAACAGCCCAGACCGGGAAUGGAACAGGUGGCAGAGCGGUUUACAGCCGAGCCCAAGAACCAGACGCCGGGCAGCAACAUGGGAAGCGACCAUGCCCUCGCUCUCUCCGACAGGAACCCUGAGAAGUUGGGUCUGUGGGAGCUGUUGCCCGGAAGCCGCAAGGUCAUGACGAAGAACGUCCCGUUCAACAGCAUGAUCGACUCGAGUAACAUUGUCGAGCUCGACGAGGAGUGGUUGUACAAUUACCCGGCGUUUCUUCUGCGCGACAAGCCUCUCACAGACACCGAGGUAGAUUCACAGAUCACCCUCCUGGCCGAGGAUACGGACAGCGAGACGGACAGCGAGACGGACAUCGAGUCAGCCAACGCGAGGCCAGUGGUGAUGAAGGUUGCGAAUGACAAGAAGAGAGAGCAGGGCAGGUCCUCCCACUACAAGUUUACGACAGAUGACCGGCUCGCCGGCGUGGCUGACAUCCCCAAAAACAAGCACCUGGGCAAGCGUGACCAGAGGUUCGAAGUGCACGAGAACCUCUGGUCGAUCGAAAACAAUGACGAACUCUUGACGAUGUUGAGAAAACCUCGCAGGGCGGAACAGGCUAAAAAGCGGCUGGUCUGGCUGCCAUGUGCCAACGGGGAGACGGCACUUGUGUGCUACCUCACCAGCCCCGACGAGGAAAAGGCUGCUAUUUCGGAGUUCUUCGAGCGCCACCGCCACUACGACAAGUUCUUCUCUGACGACACUACUAUCACGCUCAACACGUGGGAGAGCGAGUUCCAUCUGUCCUUCUACCAGCUCAUCGACACGGCAGCCCCCGCACCCGCACCCGCCAUCCCCGAGCCCAGCCAGGAGCCUUUGGGCGGCAAGUUGAACUACCAGAUCACGCGGGCAUCAGUUGGCUUCCGCUUCUUCGGCGACUUCUUCGACCGCUUCUGGACAUGUCACUUCGUCGAGUACAUACCCAGGGUCGCCAGUGAUGCGUCUGCGCCUACGCCCGCGUUGGACUUUAUUGACCACUCGGACAAGCGCAGGUCGUGGCGGCAGCGCAAGGUGCUGGAGCUGCUGUUGCUGGACCGCAUUCUCACCGAGGCCGUCAACAGCACCCGCAAGAUCUACAAGACGGUCCGCCGCGAACUGGAUGUUAAGUCGGAUGGCGCCCUCACCUUUUCCAUCCUCACCAGCGACGACUACUUUGCCUCCAACAAAGAGUGGCAGAAGUUCGAACAAGUCCUACAAGCGGUCCAGGACGACCUGGCCGGCAUGCUCGACACCAUCUCCAAGUGGGAGUCACGCGAAAAGGACCGCGAGAAGGAGCGGCCCCGGUGGACCCACAAGGACGAGUCUAAGUACCGAGGCGACAUUCGCAAGCUCGUCGGGCAAACGUCGCGCAAGAUUCACGAGCUCAAGACAUAUCAAUCCCAGGUAUCGUCGCUCAAAGACACGCUAGCGUCGUCGCAGGACAAGACCCGCAACGACCUCUCGCUCUUGGGCGCUGAGAACAUUCGGUUCUUCACCUACGUGACCGUGGUAUUUUUGCCGCUGGGCUUUGCCGCCUCCAUCUUCAGCAUGAGCGACCCCCCAAAAGGGAGCACGGUGAAGCCCAUGGCCGUGUGCGCCAUCGUCGCCCUGGCCGUGACGGGCAUCGCGAUCGUGAAUGCCAAGGCACUCUUCGCCGUGGCCGAGGCACUCUUCGCGGUAUUCGCAAUGCCCUCGGAGCUGGUGCACAAGUACUCGCACGAGAAGAUGAAGCGCAGCUACAUGGUAGGCCAGUAUACACAGCGCAAGAAUCAACGCAAGAAGCCCCGUGACAUUGUGGAGCCCAUGGUACACUGGUAUGAGCAGGGCAAGAAGUCCAUGGUACGCUGGUUUGAGCAGCGCAGGAAUCCCUGUGACGAUGUCGAGGCUGCUGGGGUGGCCUCGACAAUAACUUCGUCUUCAAAUGCUCCUUCGCCGGCGCCGCGUCCACCGCCAAGUGAUGUUGCGGGCGGAGAUAAUGUUCUCGACAUCGAUACCAGCUCGUCGUCGUCCCCGCACCUGGGGUUCUGGAUCGCAUACGUGCUGAUUGAGCUCCCGGCACGGCGGAUCCUGCUAGCCUGCUACGCCAUGAGGAAGCACAAGUUCACCAGGGCCGCUGUGCUGCUUGUGGUUACUGGUCUGUUACUGCUGCCACUCUUUGUUGUCUCGUGCAUGCUGCAGAUUUUGGUGUAUAACAUGUUCGAUAUUCUCCGACUCUUCUGGGGCUGUGUUGUCCGGUUCUUCUCCACUCCACCGCCCGAAGAAGGCGACGGCUUCGAAAAGCACAUGAGCAUGCUUACCUACCCGCUCAGACCGUAUCGGCCAUUCAAGGAGAGCCCGGAUCAUCCCGGUGAUCCCGAUCUCGAUCAAAAUCCCAAACCCCAGAGCCAGAACGGAGAGAACGAGAAGGGUGCGGCGGGAGAGGUGGUGACGAAUGAUAUCACAGAUCACUACUAG